ACCCCCAACCCCCGACGCAUGCGCGAAAACGCGCUGACCUUUCAGCUUUGCGCUAGUGCUGUUUUUUUUUUUUUUAACAAUGGCGGUUCCCGGCGUGGGGCUCUUGACCCGUUUGAACCUGUGUGCCCAGAGAAGAACUCGAGUCCAGCGGCCUAUCGUCAGGCUUUUGAGUUGCCCAGGAACUGUGGCCAAAGACCUCAGGAGAGACGAGCAGCCUUCAGGGAGCGUGGAGACAGGCUUUGAAGACAAGAUUCCCAAAAGGAGAUUCUCUGAGAUGCAAAAUGAAAGACGAGAACAGGCACAGCGGACUGUUUUAAUACAUUGCCCAGAGAAAAUCAGUGAAAACAAGUUCCUUAAAUAUUUAUCCCAAUUUGGACCUAUUAAUAAUCAUUUCUUCUAUGAAAGCCUUGGUCUCUAUGCUGUCGUAGAAUUUUGCCAAAAGGAAAGCAUAGGUUCACUGCAGAAUGGGACUCAUACUCCAAGGACGGCCAUGGAGGCUGCAAUUCCAUUCAGAUCACGUUUCUUCAAUCUGAAGUUGAAAAACCCGACUUCUGAACGGUCACGCAUACGGUCAAGUAAUCAGUUGCCACGUUCAAACAAGCAGCUUUUUGAAUUACUUUGUUAUACAGAAAGUAUAGACGAUCAGCUGAACACUCUCUUGAAGGAGUUCCAGCUAACAGAGGAGAACACUAAGCUCCGAUAUCUCACCUGUUCUCUUAUUGAAGACAUAGCCGCUGCAUAUUUUCCGGACUGCAUAAUCAGACCCUUUGGCUCCUCGGUCAACACUUUUGGGAAGUUAGGAUGUGAUUUGGACAUGUUUUUGGAUCUAGAUGAAACCAGAAACCUCGGCGCUCACAAGACCUCAGGAAAUUUUCUGAUGGAAUUUCAAGUGAAAACUGUUCCUUCAGAAAGAAUUGCAACUCAGAAGAUCCUGUCUGUGUUAGGAGAGUGCCUUGACCACUUAGGCCCUGGUUGUGUGGGUGUGCAAAAAAUAUUAAAUGCCCGGUGUCCACUCGUGAGGUUCUCACACCAGGCCUCUGGAUUUCAGUGUGAUUUGACUACGAACAAUAGGAUUGCCUUGACAAGUUCCGAACUCCUUUAUAUAUAUGGUGCCCUAGACUCAAGAGUGAGAGCCUUGGUGUUCAGUAUACGGUGCUGGGCUCGAGCACAUUCACUAACAAGUAGUAUUCCUGGUGCAUGGAUUACAAAUUUCUCCCUUACAAUGAUGGUCAUCUUUUUUCUCCAGAGAAGAUCACCCCCUAUUCUUCCAACACUAGAUUCCUUAAAAACCCUAGCAGAUGCAGAAGAUAAAUGUAUAAUAGAAGGCAACAACUGCACAUUUGUUCGUGACUUGAAUAGAAUUAAACCUUCACGGAACACAGAAACAUUAGAAUUACUACUGAAGGAAUUUUUUGAGUAUUUCGGCAGUUUUGCUUUUGAUAAAAAUUCCAUAAAUAUUCGACAGGGAAGUGAGCAAAACAAACCUGAUUCUUCUCCUCUGUACAUUCAGAAUCCAUUUGAAACUUCUCUCAACAUAAGCAAAAAUGUAAGUCAAAGCCAGCUGCAAAAAUUUGUAGAUUUGGCCCGACAAAGUGCCUGGAUUUUACAACAGGAAGAUAGAGAUCGACCUUCCAUAUCAAGUAAUCGGCCCUGGGGGCUGGCAUCCCUAUUGCUACCAUCUGUAAACAGAAAGUCCUUUACCAAGAAGAAAAGCAAUAAGUUUGCAUUUGAAACAGUCAAAAACUUGUUAGAAUCUUUAAAAGGUAACGGAACAGAAAAUUUCACAAAAACCAGUGGGAAGAGAACAAUUAGUACUCAGGCAUGAUGGCUGCUACAUUGUGUAAAGAACUGGGCUUACCCUAUCAAAUGGUCUGUGGACUUACUUGGAAAAACUGGUUUGAAGCUUUCACAGAUCUCAGCUUUCAUCUGAUGUCACUUUUCAUGAUUUUCUCAUUGGCCCCCUUAACCUGGUCUGAAGUUCUGGGAUGUUUUCAGUCUGAUCAGUCUGAUAGUCAGUGGGACUUUAUUAAAACAUCAGCUGUGGAGUGUGGCGGUGCACACCUGUAGUCCCAACUGCUCAGGAGGCUGAGGCAGGAGGAUCUCUUGAGCCCAGGAUUUUGAAUCCAUCGUGGACAACAUAGCAGGAUUCCCUCUCUGAAAAAAAUGAAAAUAAACAUAAGCCACAAGGAAUGGGUGAAAGAUUAUUGUGAUGUGCUUUAACUAAAUAGGUAAAUAUACUAUACAAAUGCUAAAACUCAGUUUUAGGAUGAAACCAUUUUUGAUAUCCACAUCAGUCCCUGUUUAGAAAACAUUUAAAAUGACUUUUAGUUAUGUACAAUACGUUGGCAAUGAAUACAUUAAGCUUCAAAAUUUGGUAGUGCUCUUGAAUAUGUAUAUUUGUAUUUUUCAAGUGAAGUUCUCUUAUUCACACAUAAAUUAAAGUGGGUUGGUACUGAUAUCAAAAAAUGUUUAUGUUUUUAGAACAGAUAUUUCAGUCACUGCAUUCUUAGGUAUUCCAAACCAAAUAUGAUGACAUCAAUAGAUUGCAUUUUAAAAAUAUUGUUUGAUUUUUCUAUUUUCAAAAAUAAAAUUCUGUUUCUAACUAAAA